AUGAUUAGUUACAAUAAUAUAUUAUUACAAUAUGGAGUCCUUAAACUCUGUGGUAUAAUCGGGAAUUCCAGUUAUUUUUUAAGUAAUAGAGUACCCGAAGAAGCUUUGCCAAAAAAUUUAAUUGAAGAAAAUAUUGUUCAACCCAAAGGUAGAAUAUAUGAUACAAAACCAUUUAAAAUGAAAUUAAGAGCUGAUAAAAAGUAUUAUUGGUGUUGUUGCGGACACAUUGAAGAAACUAAAGAAUAUUGGUUAUGUAAUUGUAAGCAAACCCUUCAUAGACCUUUUUGCGAUGGAACACAUUUAAAUCAUAUAAACAAAGAUAAAAAGCUNNNNGAAUAA